CUUCAACUCCUUGUCUUAUUCGGAUGAAGAGCUCUUUUGGAUCCCUCUACUGUCUUCAUUGGCUUCCUCAGGCUAACGCCUAGAGAUAUAUAUAUCCAUGCACCGGCAUAACCGGGCAACAUGACAAAGACCAAAUCUCAAGAACCAGUACAGAAUCCAUUCCAGCAGUUAAUUAUCGCCUGUGAUGAUGAUCCAAGCUUGAUACAAAGAGAGUACGAACUCCACCGAUCCAGAAGGAAUGUACAGUCCAAAGCCAAGAUCCUGGACAGGGAGUUUUCCGGAUGGUAUAUCGACGAGAUCCUGAAGAAGUUGAUCAAGAACGAGGGCAAUGAUGGUGACCAUUUUGUCGACCCUCGGAAUAAUGUCGGAUUCUGGGCACGGCCACCACAGCACAUCAGGGAAUUAGUUGGCGAGAUCCAGAACGAGAUUCGAAAAGUUGCUCCAGCACUUUGGUUUACACCAUUGGAUUGCCUACACCUAACAACCUUAGAAAUCGCAAACUCGCGCACCCCGUUUGAGGUUGAAAAAAUCGUGUCUAGUCUUGAAAAAGGCGGCACCAUACCGGAUAUCGUCAAUUACACGCUCGAUCAUCGUGCGCGGCUGAUCAACCCCACUGUUAGUUACGAUGCUACAGCAAUGGCAUUGAGUUUCGUUCCUGCUGCCAAGAAAGGGAUUGCUGGCGCACCAGGGAAUGAAUAUACCUAUCAUCAUCUGCGGCGGGACCUCUUCGACAAGGUCACCGCCAGUGGUGUCAAUAUAGCUGCUAGAUACACCGUCCCUUCAGCGCAUAUCACAAUUGCCCGAUUCGUCUCACAGGACGGGUUUUCGCUUGGAGAUCCAAGCCAGGGCAGAAAUGACCUUGAUCACGGCCGUGUUUUAGCAUUAAUAGAGAAAAUUGAAGAAAUCAACCAGACACUCAAGCAUAACUACUGGCCAAGAGAAGACCCAUCUGUGCCUUCGGCGGGUGAAUGGGUUGUCGGGCAGGAGCAAGGAUUGGAUUUCUGCAAAGGAACGUCGUGGUAUGGGAAAUCAGACAGGAUACUUUUGGGCCAAGGAUUCUGAUUUUUAGCCAUACCGACUUGCUUGGCAAUUAAUUAUUACCAUCAUCACCGUUCAUUGUUAUUAGAUACUCCGUAUGGAAUGAGGGAGUGGAAGCCCUUGGCCUUAAGCCUUCCUGAUGCGGUUAGCGUGGUUCCCGA